ACUGGGAAAUAGAAUCUUUAGGGGCUCUAGGUCACUGCUGAGCCUUUUCCUAUGAUGAGAGGCAGGACCUCAUAUGGUGGCCCUGGUGGUCAGGAAAUGAGUGCAAGGGGACAAACACCUCUAGGUUCUCCUCCCAGAAGAUUGCCCGAACUCGACUAUGCUUCCUGCAUAUGCUCAUCUGUUCUGCCCCUGCCUCUUGCUCCUGGUGGCGUGAAGCUGCGUGUUCACCGUCGUGUCAUCCUGUCCAGCUGGGCAUUACUCCAGAAGGGCCCCUCCUAGCAUUGGUGGCAAGCAAGGAAACCUGUCCUGUAAAUCCACCCGGGACUGUUGGAUGCAGAGUGGCACAAGUGGUGGCCACAUUCGAUGGCGAUGAGGUUGCUCAGGCAUUAGUGGAGCUGCCAGAGAAGGUGUUUACAACCUCACCAAAUCCUUAGCUGUGGAAUGGGCCAGCAGUGGAUUAAGGAUCAAUUGUGUUGCCCCUGUAGUGAUAACAAUCCAUAUUCUUCCUUUGGAGCCACCCUGGCGAGGGAUGAUGAAAAGAAUCUGUGGAGUGUGCCUCACGAUGUGUCCCACACAGAGGCAGAUGACGACAGGAUCCUCUACAAUUUGAUUGUAGUUCGUAAUCAGCAGGCCAAAGAUUCACAGGAGUGGCAAAAACUCAACUAUGAUAUCUACACCCUGCGACAGAUUCGAAGGGAAGUGAGAAAUAGAUGGAAACGCAUUUUAGAAGAUUUAGGUUUUCAAAAGGAAGCAGACUCUUUGUUGUCAGUGACAAAACUCAGCACCAUCAGUGAUUCUAAAAACACAAGGAAAGCUCGGGAGAUAUUGUUGAGACUGGCUGAAGAGACCAAUAUUUUCCCAACCAGUUGGGAGCUUUCGGAGAGAUAUCUCUUUGUUGUGGACCGUCUCAUUGCACUCGAUGCUGCGGAAGAAUUCUUUAAAAUUGCCAGUCAAACGUACCCCAAGAAGCCUGGGGUCCCAUGCCAGGCAGAUGGCCAGAAAGAACUGCACUACCUUCCCUUUCCAAGUCCCUAAGGGAGAGGCUACGAGGCAGAAUGGGAUUUCUUCCACUGGAACUCAACAGCCUACCAAAGCUGGACAGAUGCGUGUGAAAGAGAAUGAGCAAGAAGAGGGCUAGAGGGCUUCCCUGGUGGUGCAGUGGUUGAGAGUCCGCCUGCCGAUGCAGGGGACGUGGGUUCGUGCCCCGGUCCGGGAAGAUCCCACAUGCCGCGGAGUGGCUGGGCCCAUGAGCCUGCGCGUCCGGAGCCUGUGCUCCGCAACGGGAGAGGCCACAACAGUGAGAGGCCCGCGUACCGGGAAAAAAAAAAAAAAAAAAAAAAAAAGAAGAGGGCUAGCUAAGAGAAAAAGGAUUCUGAGUCCUACAAAAAUCUAAGCAUUUGGAUAUCUGGUCAUCAUGAUGACUUGACUAUAUGAAAGUUGAGGCUGCGUUGAAACACCCUGGUGAUCUUGCAUCAGAGAGUUGGUCAGUGGGAUAUUUCAUCAUGGGUGAUUAGAUUCCAAGAACCCAUUGCCACCAUUUUGGUUUUGGUUGUACAAUAAGCUCUAGCCACUAGUCCUAUUGGCAGAAUAGGAUGUUCUAGUUAAUAAAAUAAGAUUAAUAGAGCUAUCAUUGAGCCCAAAUAUGGAUUACCAAUUUUAAAAUAAUUGUUAUAUAAUAUAGGCUAACACCAAAAUAAUACCAGGUGUGACAAGACCUUUCUUUGCUUUGGAAGCACCUACAGAACCUUGGAGGUGUUUGAGGCAUCAUUUUGAGAUUAUUCAGAAGUUUAGAUGUACCAAGGAAGAGAACGAUCUAGGAGUGCUGCUCAGAAGUGAAUCCUAAAUAGAAUGCUCCCAAGCAGAACUUCCUGCAGCUACAUGUGAAAAGCUGUGUCUUCAGCUGUGGUACAGACAUCUUGAAUUCUCAACGUUAUUGAUAUCUGGUUACCUCAUUUUUACAUAUUGUCCAGCUCUAGUCCACAAGCCCUUGAUAUUUUAUCUGGGAUAGCAUCUAUUUGACCUUUACUGUCUUCUCUUCUCUUUAACCUGUUUCCAGCUUGUUGACUGAGAGUUGCACCUGCCCAGGGACCUGUCAUGCAGCGUGGCCUCAGCUCCAGGACCCAGAGUGGGCAUGGAGAGCCUGUGGUCACAGUGCACUGGGGUCAGUGUUCCUCCUGCCAGCCCGGGGCUUAGCCCCGCGAGGCACCGGCAGCAGCAGUAUCAACUCUGCAGGCAGUGUUGCAUUGAAGAAGGUCAUUGCUGGACUUUCUUCCAUCCUGAAGAUGAUUUUCAAAGCGGAGCAAUUCUGUCAACACAGUUUGCUUCUAUCCACAGAUUGAGCAGCCCAGUUUCAAAAGUUAAUUGCCACCUAAGCAAGGAGCUUGCCACGAAAUCAGGGUUCAUUUUAUUGAAAAGACUUCCAGAGCUUGUCAGAUUUAUCAGUAGACUGCUGAGAACAAUGGCAAUAUUUUCACUUUUACAGAUUUUACUUCUCUGACUUCAAGUUAAAAAGUAACUUGUAUUUAGUCUGUGCAGGGAAUUGUGACUUCAAAAUUUCCCUACCCUGAUUCGCUCUUUUGGUAGUGAACACAAUGUUUAAAAUAUUUGUUAGAGGAGAUACAUGUUCUCCAUUUAUGAAUGCUUUGCAGACCAAUUUAACUCACAUGUUUCAGAAAUAUUCUUCCUAGUUUAAUAAGUAAACUAAAAGUUUUAUUUUUUAAAAUAAAAAAUACAUUUUUUAUUUUGUUUUAUUUAGUACUUAGUACCUCUCUCAUGUUGUUUAAAAUUAGCCUGCAGAUAUUUUCCCUCACAUCUAUAGGCUCUUGCAAGAUAAACAUACAAACAGUGAGACAAACAAACAAAAACAAACAAUAAAUUAACCCCCCCCAAAAAAAUCUUUGAAAAUCAUAUUGUUUUCAUCUUUGUUCUUGGAAUUUGUAUUUUGUCUUUCUGCCUUUUUUUGCUGUCAAAAUAGAUGAGACUGUUUGCAUCUAUGGAGAAUACAUUGUAACCAUAGUCUUUAUUUUUGGUAAUGAAUAAGUAAGGAUACAAUUGUCUCUAUGAUUAUAAAAACUCAUGGAAUUAUCCAGGAAAUUUUCCUUGCAAAGAAUUAAAAGGUUUCUGUAUUUACUUUUCAGCUGAAUGUGUGUCAUAUUUCUGAGAAUUAAGAAGGAACAGAUAUUCUUUCCCUAAUUCCUUUAAAUUAAAGGGUAAAGAGGCUGAGAGACAGAUGGGCUUAAGGACCUCCCAUCAUUCUAAAGCCA